UUUUUAUCUUUUAUUUUCCUUUCCUUCUCGAACCCACGAUUUCUCUUUCUUCCCCUUAUCAUUUACUCCACCCAGAACUUUCUAGAAACAACAAAGCCUAACUUCUCCUCCCUCUCUCGUUCUCUCCCUCCUCACUCUCCCUCAACGUGCCGUCUUUCACUCUGUUAUGGCGUUGGAACAUUUGAUGAAUCGGUAUCUGAUUGCAUGAGCCAGGUUUCUUGUUUCCUGUUUGGUUGGUGAGAAAAUUUUCGCCUUCUCUCAGUUAAAGAGCUAAAGACACGCCAAAGGAAUCUCUCUCUCUGGAGAGUUCCGGUUUUGUAGGGUUCGGAUCUAGCGCCGAACCCCAUGGCACCAUUGCCGGCCGACCAACCCUGCGAAUCCCCCACCAGUGCCGCCAGUGACUCGCAACGAUCUUUACCGACUCCGUUCCUUACGAAAACCUAUCAACUCGUCGAUGAUCCCUCCGUUGAUGACUUGAUUUCAUGGAACGACGAUGGAUCGACUUUUAUCGUUUGGCGCCCCGCUGAAUUCGCCCGUGAUUUGCUCCCUAAGUACUUCAAACAUAACAACUUCUCUAGCUUCGUCCGCCAACUCAACACUUAUGGAUUUAGAAAGGUGGUGCCGGAUCGAUGGGAGUUCGCGAACGAUUGUUUUCGAAGAGGCGAAAAAGGACUUCUCCGAGACAUACAGCGUCGGAAAAUAACUCCUGCUGCGGCUGCUGCUUCCGCGACAGUGACCGUUGCGGCGGUUCCUUGUAAGGUCUCCCCAUCGAAUUCCGAUGAGCAGGUUAUUUCGUCGAACUCGCCUCCCGUCGUUGCCGUUGUACAUCAGACCACGAGCUGCACGACAACGCCGGAGCUUUUAGAGGAGAACGAGAGGCUUAGAAAAGAAAACAUGCAGCUGAACCAUGAGUUGACUCAGUUGAAGGGAUUGUGUAAUAAUAUAUUAACUUUGAUGACGAAUUAUGCCUCCGGUCAGUUGGAGAAUCCUUCAAAUUUGGCGGAAGGAAAGGCUUUGGAUCUUCUGCCGGCGAGGAAUUCCGCCGGAACGGCAGAGGAUGGUGGUUCGAAGGGGGCGAUGGCGAUGGAAGAGGAGGCGGACGAUGUGACGCCGAAGUUGUUCGGAGUUUCCAUUGGGGUGAAGCGCUUGAGGAGGGAGGAAGACGAUGAGGAGCAGAAUAAAAACCAAGUGCAGCAGCAGGAUAUUGAGCCUGGGUCCGAGGUUAAGGCAGAGCCGUUGGAUGGGAAGACUGAUGAUCAGGACACUGCGUGGCUGGAGCUUGGGAAAUGAUUAAAAGAGAUUAUUUAUUGUAUUUGAUUUUUAAAGAGAGGAUGGUAAUGAUGAGGAGGAGGAGGAGCGUGGUCCCACGGGAGCGUGUUGCGAGGAAUCACGUGUUGGUAAACCGACGCGUGGCGUGGGGAAGCACUUCUUCUGGUUGCUUCUGGAAUUUGAAGCCCCUUCGGUGGGGAGUCAAAGGAGAGCGAUGUUGUAAAAGCACACGGAACAUUAAAGAUCAAACGACACCGCCUUGACAUUGAGCGUGAUUUAAAUGCCGAAAGUCAAAACGAAGGGCCACCCAAGAUGGGUUUCCCAAUUCAGUUGGCUGUUCCUGAAGAUUAACCAGAGGUUGAUGGAAAGUUAGAAUAUUUUAGCGAUGGUCAAUUAUUUAUCCAUUUAAAACAUGGAAAUCUUUGUACAAUAUUGAUGAACAAAUCUAAAUAAAAUUUCUUAUUGCAUUCCUCCGGCGGA